ACCGCUUGCUGUUAUAUGUCUCUCUCUCUCUCUCUCUCUCUCUCUCUCUCUCUCCUCUUGUCUUCUCUUCUCUUCCGCGACAACUAUAAGAUUCUUCCUCUCUCUCGUUUUGCUCCUCGCAAGCGAAUCCAUGGCGAUCGCGUUGGAGGGCUUCUCGAUCCGGUAAUGGAUGCCUGAACCUUUUUCGCUUCUCCUCCUCCAUCUUUGCAUCUGAUUUCGUCGUACGAUGUUCUGUUCUUGUGAUCGAAGGGAGUAUGCGGCUAAGAUGAGGAGUGUCGACAUGGAAAAGUGCUGGCCGUUGGGCACCAGCGGAGGAGGGGAGCGAUCGCUGCCGCCGAUCCCGUUCCGGAAGUACCGGUGGUGGUCCGACGAGUUGUGGGCCGUCCGCUCGGCCGCGGCCGGUGGAUUGCCGGCCCUCGAGCGAGACAGAUCCAGGGCAAAGGCGAAGCUAAGGGCUCCCAAGAAACGAUCGGUGGCGGAGCUCUUCGCCGUUGCGCCGCAGAUCGAGCGCAUCGAGGAGGAAACGAACGGAUGUGGUGGAGAUGUUGGCCACGGAGUGGAUGCGGAAGACGGAGAACAGAAGAAGGGACGAAGACAAGGAGCCGACGAUGCGCUGAGGGAUCACGUUAGCAACAAGUGCUGGAAGAAGAAGAAGAAGAAGAAAAGAUAUAUAGGCAAGAAGUGUUGGAUCAGAUCCGGCAGUAAGAAGCCGAAGACGCAACGGCAGGUGCUCAUGCUUGUGAUCGGCUCUCGGAAAAAGUUACUUGAAGACUCGGCGUCCGAAAAGGAAUCAAAGAAAGCUUCCAGACAUUCUCUCGGCGGGCAAAAGAAGAAGAAGAAGAAGGCAGCGGCAACGAGUUUGCAGAACAAAGAAAACGAACAAUUCCAUGGUUCUAAUCUGGUAGCCAGAAACCAAGAGGCGGCAGAGAUUCUUCGAGUCAAAGGCAUUCUCAGAAGUCCGAGAGAAACUUCUUCCAUGAAGUCGAGAAUUCUGAACGGAGAUCCACAGGCUGGUCACCCUUUCAAGCCUUGCUGUGCAUUGGAAAAGCACGUCACCUUCUGUGGCAACGAUGGGCAUAACGAGACUUUUUCUCAUACGAAGCUGCCUCAGUUGCUUAACCUUUGUAUAAGGUUCUCAGAUGCUUUGGCUGCAUCAUCGAUAUCUGAUCUUAGCAGAGGUGAUAAACUUCCACCAACCGAGCAGUCUAAGGUGACUAAAACUGGUGGAGCUCCAACUGUUGAAGGGAAGGCGCAGUUGAUCGAGAGUGGUGUUCAUGCUACCGCUGAUCAUCCAAGCAAUCCCAUCAGCCGGAACAUUACGCGAAGACCCAAGACCUCCUUGAGAGAAACUAUCGACUUCAAUCAUGCAACGCAAAUCUCUAAUGAUCUGAACAUUGGUUACUCAGAUUCUUCGUCUCGACACUACAGUAAUUGCAGUCCAUCCAUCAGGAAUUCUUGUCGGGAAGAGAGAUCAAAUUCUGGUGUCGGAUUUCAUUCAGACAUGUUAGAUACUAGAGAAGUUAUGCAUGCUUCCAUGACAUCUGCUCCAAAAUUGGAACCAGAAAGUUCACCGAACAUGACAGGGAUUCCUAUGUCUCAGCCUUCUUUGUCCUGCUUACCAGUGAGUGUCGACGAGAGGGAAGUAGAUCGUCCGGUGGCCUUCAAGAAGAAUAGAUACAUCCAGAUUCCAGCUAUUCAACCUGUCUGCGACAUCUCUCCCUCGGAUCAAAUGAUCAAUGAAUGUCCAGAGACGACAAGAUCAAUGUUGGAUCCCAUUUGCAAGUGCAACGGUAUGUGCGUAUCCGAGUAUUCGAUUGGUUCGCCUCUUAGUUCACAAGAACUCAUCAAGUUUCAUUCAGAUGCGAAGUUUGGUGCCAGUGAGAUCUUUAAGCAGCAAAAUCUCGGUCCGGAGCACAGCCUUCAGGUUCCUUAUCUCACCGGAUCUAAGAGUCAUAUGGACCACGUAAACAUGAGAGGCAAGUUUUGCUGCACGAUGGCAGAUCGGAACGAUCAGAGAAGAUGGAAUUCCCAUCACUUUUAUCCUGCUAGAAAGCCAACGAAAUCUGGGCUGGGUUAUCUCCGGUUGCAUUGCUCCGAGAGGAUGGAUGUUCAGAACAUCCAUCAUGUACAAAACCCCCUGAGCCUCUCUUGUGGUAUGUGUGAACAACUUAAUCACCAUGAUCUUAACUGGACUCCUAGCGAAAGCUUCCACGCAGAAGAAAGCUUGGUGGAGCACAGGAUCGAGCCUACCGUUCCAUCAACAAUGCGCCUGAUGGGUAAGAAUGUCACAGUUGGUAGAAGCAGUGAAGACAGCAAAUGUACCGACCAUGGAUCGACAUGGACCGACAAGGAAAUUAUCACUCGACGCAGCCCAUCCAGAAUAGUGGUUGACAAAGCUCUUUUAGAGAGAAGGCUCCAAAGGGAAUGUGUCACACAUCCGAUGUCUGGGAUCUCAAGAGACUGUGUAAGACGGUCGCAAGACCUUCCAUCAGAUCCAUAUCACUUCCCUGCAGUCGACGAACGAUACGAUCAUACUUCCCUUGGUCAUCAGUCACUGCUGACUUCAAGAAAUGGCCAUAUGUCAACCCUCACAUAUCACGGUACCAGCUAUUCAACGCCUCACAGAUUGCUGAACUAUUCACCCAAAUCCGCAGUGGAUUCAGGAACCAGGUGUCUUGGUUUUCUGCUGAACUCUACCCGUCACAGACAUAACCUGAUGCUCUCCAGCAACAUGUCAUCAGCUUCUCAUCCAGGAUUGUCGAGCCCAAAAUGCAUGGAUUUCAUCGGACCAUUAUCAUCGAUUCCGCACUCAUCUUGCCUCCAGCAGUGGCUGCUAGACGGAGAACAACCGAUGAUACAGCCGUCCACGUUUUCCACCUCCGAUAUCACUCAUCCUGCUUACAGUAAGGGUACUUCUCACUCCCUGAAUUCCCUUCGUUCUUCAUUCAUUCCGCAACAUCAAGCAAGCCGAUUAACUUCGACAGUCGGCAUGACCUAUCAAAAUAAGACCAACAACGCUUACAAAAGGGCUCCAAUCGAAGACGACAGAAUCAUGGGAGCCGUCAAGAAACCUCGAAGUGCAGUGCAACUGGAGGCGAACGGUCCAACAAGCCCAAGGAGAGAACAGCUGCUCGGAUGCCUACCAUAUUGCUCGGAACCUUCGGAAUUCCCUGCUUUUGAGAAUGAUGCAAAGCAUAUGCUGAAACCUGAUGGAAGUGAGGAUCGUGGUGAUGCCAGACCUACUCACUCAUCCAUACCAUUUACAUCCGGUACUCGAACUUGUACUGGAAGUUUCUAUUGAUGGCUUGUUCUUCAACUCAAGUUUCGAUCACGUGACCGCAGGUAAAGCAAAAUGCUUUUCCCGAGAGUAAUAUUUGUGCGUCUUAAUUUUCUUUAAAGCUGGUAUUGAACGCUACCCUAAUGCACGCCUGUUUUAGGGCUCUUCUUGGUGAUCAAGAUUUGAUCAUCUAAUAAGCAUUUUGACA